GAUUAUUUAAAUUAAGCCGAGUAGAUUUUGAAAAUAGUCAAGGUUUAUUUUUCCUUUUUAUUAGAAAGGAAGGCCGAUUGUGACCAGAAAUGAUCUGGAUAAAGGAUGGAUCCAUAAAGAAAAGAAACCUUGAACAAAUAUAAUAAAUCUAGUUUAACAUACAUUUUAUAUCUCCGUUGUGCAUCAGUUUGAGUUUUAUACCUGGAUUUAAAUGCGUGUGUGUGAGUGAGUAGUCGGUUGAAAAGGACAGUGAUAUAAAUUAAAUUUAAAAAUAGUCAACUUGAACUACAGAGUAUUUAGAUAUUUUAAAAUCCAAGUUGAAGAUGUCGCUGAGGAUCGGGAACCAUUGUGGCCGUGAGGGCCAAUAGGAGACGAGGACAGAGUAUACAUUUAAGCAGAACGUAUAUAAACGUAUAUAAGAGGAAAUGCGAUUGGUGGAUUGUGAAUAAAGCUUCGGGACACCGCGCCACCCGCCAUAACGUUCGUAGCGUGCGGUGACUAAUAGUCAGGUUUGAAAAAACGAAUUUGUGAUGCGUAUAUUUUUUAAAAAUAAUUAAUAUUAGAAAAAAAAAAAAAUUCCGGUGAUUGGCCCUAUAGGAAUUAGAAAUCCUUAUAGAGACAAUGGUCCCCAGUCAAAAGUUGCGAUGGCCUGUAGUCCACCUUACAAAAGAGUUCGAGCUCUCAGGUUAUUUGAUUCGCCGGCAACCCCUAAGACAUUAGUAGAAAAAAGUACAAUGCAUACUCCAGUACCAGCAAAAUGUACCAGGCUGUUUCCAUCAGACAAGCCGAGAUCUCUGCCCUCUGGGUUUCUUCUGAAGCCUGAUAAACCCGCAGUGAAUGUCAAUCCUUUCACUCCCAAUGGUAUGCUAAUUACUGCCCGAAAGCGGAGUAGGUCCAAACGCAGUCUCAAUGGAUCGCCCGAUAUAAGAAUACCCAAGUUUGAUCUCGCGGAUUCCGGGGAGUCAGACCACGAAGUGGAAAAUCCGACAAAACGAGUAGCACUUCAAGAGUCGAAUAUACCAAGAUAUCAUCAAGAGUUUCUUGAGGAAGGACUGAUUGGAGCUGGUGAAUUCGGAUCAGUGUAUAAAUGCAUAAAUAGACUAGAUGGUUGUGUAUAUGCGAUUAAAAAAAGUUUAAAACCGGUGGCUGGUAGUGUUAGUGAGAAAACGGCUCUGAAUGAAGUAUACGCACAUGCUGUUCUCGGUAAACAUCAGCAUGUCGUACGUUAUUAUUCAGCUUGGGCGGAAGAUAAUCACAUGAUUAUUCAAAAUGAGUACUGCAACGGCGGCAGUUUGGCUGACGUAAUUACACAGCUUAGAGAAGAAGGCAGGUCGUUCUCGGAACCAGAAUUAAGACAAUUACUGCUCCAUGUUGCGGAAGGUUUGCGGUAUAUACACAGCAUGCAGCUCGUGCACAUGGACAUUAAACCUGGAAAUAUAUUUAUAACAAAAGAAAAACCAAUGCAUUCUGUUAAUUAUGACUCUGCGGACGAUGGUUUUGAUGAAGAAGAAACAAUUGAAGAAGAAAUAACGUAUAAAAUAGGUGAUCUUGGACAUGUUACCUCAAUAAAUGACCCUCAAGUUGAAGAAGGAGACUGUAGAUAUUUACCAACUGAAAUUUUACAAGAAGAUUUUUCACAUCUAACCAAAGCUGAUAUAUUCGCAUUAGGCUUAACUGUUUACGAAGCAGGAGGAGGAGGUCCCCUACCAAAAAAUGGCCCUCUGUGGCAUGAAAUCAGGAAGGGAAAUCUUCUGGAACUACCUCAGCAUAGUCGAGACCUAAAUGACUUAUUAAAAUUAAUGGUUCAUCCAAAUCCCGAAACGAGACCGUCAGCAUUAUCACUGAUCCAGCAUCGAGUAUUAUGUCCCGUUGGAAACAAAACCAAAGCUCAACUACGUCGUGAACUUAACGCCGAAAAGUUAAAAAAUCAAAUUCUAACACAACAAUUACAAGAAGCCGCUAAAUGUAUAAAGAAAAUCGCACCAAAUGUUGCAGCCCUCAGUAAUAAUAAUAAUAACAAUCUUAAUUCUGGUGGCUAUCAAUUACGACAGACGGCUACAAGAGCAUCAACACGAGCUUUGGGAAAAAAAGUUAAUCGUAGCAGUAGUACAACUAAUUUUUAAAAUUAAUCAUCACACAUGCUUUAUUGUUUUUGUGAUUAAGUGAUGACAAAAAUAUUUUGGUUCCUAGAGGUGCCUUUUUGUUGUGAUAUCUCAUUAAUUUUAGUUAGCGAGUAAAACAAUUUAAAUAUUUAAAAUUUAGAGACUAAUUAAAGAUAAUAAUAAAUUUUUAGUAUACGCAGAGUAAAAUAUUUAUAAAUUAUUAAAAUUAUAAUGUAAAUUUUAAGUUUUUUUUUUUUGUUUUAUUUAAAAAUUUUUUUUUUUUUUUUUUUUAACGUAAGCGUGAACUAGUUUUCUGAAAGUGUUUCUUUGAUUGAUUUUUUUUUUUUUUUUAAUAAAACAGCGAAUCAUUAAUUCUAUUAUUUUUUUUUUUCUAUAAAAAAAAAAUCAUUAAUUCGAAUUGGUAAUGAUUAGUUAGCAUUGCAAUUUAAAAAUUAAUCAUUACAUUUCUCAAUGAAAUUUUUUUUCUCCAUAAAAUAUUUUGAAAAUUUUCUAUGCAUGCUAAUCUUAUUCAAUUUUUAAGUAUUACACAUUUAUUUCUUAAUAUCUUAUCAUGAAAAAAUUUAUAAUUAAUCUUAAUAUCGAUUAUGUAUUUUUAUUUUUAUUUUACUUCAUUUUUUACUCAUAAUAAAUAAAAAAAAAAAGUAUUGACAUUUAUGUCAAGGUCAGGGAAACUAGUUUUUAAAAAUAAAAUUUUCAAUUUGAAUAAUACACUAUAUUAUAAGCAGAACAAAAUAUCGAUUUAUUUAAAUUUAUUGACAGAUAAUACAAUCACAAGUACAUUGUAAAUUAUAUAUGUUUUAAGUUUAUUAAUUACUUUUAAUGAUAUAAAUUAAUAAUUUUUAAUUAUCCAUGUAUCUAAACGAAACAAGUUGUAGUUUUACUCUGCGUACAAUUAGAAUUAAUACGAAUAAAAAAAAAAAAAUGAUACUAAUUAGAGAAGAAGCAAAAUUUUUAUUAUAAAAUUAAAUUAUUUUUGUAGAAUUUUUAAGCGUCUUAUUAUAACGAUUCGCCACAAACGCCAUGUCUAUAUCUUAUACAAAUAAAUUAUAUUUUAUAUAUAAGAUUACAAACAAAUAGUCCUGUAAAAUAACGAUAAUAACGAAAGUCCAAUUAAUGUUAAGUGUAAUUAACUGUUGAGCAUUUUGCAUUCUUUCGUAUACGAUUUCGCUGACUAUUAUAAUUAUUAUCAUUAUUAUUUUAAUUAUUAAUUAUUACUUAUUACUAUUAUAAUUAAUUACAAUUAUUAUUGUUUGAACGUUUCUAUUAGCCUAAUUAAUUAAUUAAUUAAUUAUUAUUAUUUUCUUUUUUCGACGCUGGUCCACUAAAAAUCGAUCAAGUUUUUUACUUGUUUAUUUUUUAUUUAUUAUCAAUUGUUGCUAACUAUUAAUGAGUACUAUUAACAAAAUCGACGCUUUUAUAUCUUUGUAAUUAAUAAUUAAAAAAAAAAAAAUAGUUGUAUAAUU